AUGGCAGUCAGACUGUGUGAUGUGGCUUCUCUGCUUAGAAGUGGUUCGUGGGCAGCAGAGCCUUGGACCGGGCAGGUAAUUGCUGCCAUGGAAACACAACUGUCUAAUGGACCAACUUGCAAUAACACGGCCAAUGGUCCAACCACCAUCAACAAUAACUGCUCGUCACCAGUUGACUCUGGGAACACAGAGGACAGCAAGACCAACUUAAUAGUCAACUACCUUCCUCAGAACAUGACACAGGAGGAGCUCAAGAGUCUUUUUGGGAGCAUCGGUGAGAUAGAGUCCUGUAAGCUUGUAAGAGACAAAAUAACAGGGCAGAGCUUGGGAUAUGGCUUUGUGAACUACAUCGACCCCAAGGAUGCAGAGAAGGCUAUCAACACCCUGAAUGGAUUGAGACUUCAAACCAAAACAAUAAAAGUUUCCUAUGCUCGCCCAAGUUCAGCUUCUAUCAGAGAUGCAAAUUUGUAUGUCAGCGGACUUCCGAAAACAAUGACCCAGAAGGAGUUGGAACAGCUUUUUUCACAAUAUGGACGCAUUAUUACUUCUCGUAUUCUUGUUGACCAGGUCACUGGCAUAUCAAGGGGUGUAGGGUUUAUUCGAUUUGACAAGCGGAUUGAGGCAGAAGAAGCUAUCAAAGGCCUAAAUGGCCAGAAACCUCCUGGUGCCACAGAGCCAAUCACUGUAAAGUUUGCUAAUAAUCCAAGCCAAAAAACCAAUCAGGCCAUCCUCUCCCAGCUGUACCAGUCUCCAAACAGAAGGUAUCCAGGACCACUAGCUCAGCAGGCACAGCGUUUUAGGUUGGACAAUCUGCUCAAUAUGGCUUAUGGAGUAAAGAGGUUUUCUCCAAUGACCAUUGAUGGAAUGACCAGUUUGGCUGGAAUUAAUAUCCCUGGGCACCCAGGAACAGGGUGGUGUAUUUUUGUGUACAACCUGGCUCCUGACGCAGAUGAGAGUAUCCUGUGGCAAAUGUUUGGGCCUUUUGGAGCUGUCACCAACGUGAAGGUCAUCCGUGACUUUAACACCAAUAAAUGCAAAGGUUUUGGAUUUGUGACUAUGACAAACUAUGAUGAGGCCGCCAUGGCGAUAGCUAGCCUCAAUGGAUACCGUCUGGGAGACAGAGUACUGCAGGUCUCCUUUAAGACAAACAAAACGCACAAAGCCUAA